CUUCAAAAGGAGGGAAACCAAUAACGGCUUAUCCUUUCUUAGAAACUUGAACCUCUUCCUUUUUCUCUUUUUAUCUCUUUUCAUUUUCAUUCCAAUGACACUCUCUCUACAAAAUGAAGACUCAGAAUUUGCACUCAAGCAAAUUGGUAAUGAAGGUCUCACUAAACAGAUUCUUAGUAAAGGUCUCACUUGGCAAACUCCAUUUUCUGGUGACCAAGUUGAAGUUCAUUUCAGAGGACAAGUUGAAAAUGGACCAUCUCUAGAAUCCAGUUAUGAUAAAGGGUCCUCCUUUCAUUUCAAGUUAGGCCAAGGUGAAGUAAUCAAAGGUUGGGAUGAAGGAGUUGCUACGAUGAAGAAAGGGGAGAGAGCAAUCUUCAAGAUACCAUCCUCUUUAGCAUAUGGGGAAGUAGGUUCUCCACCGUUGAUUCCUCCGAAUGCAACUCUCAUUUUUGAGAUUGAAAUGUUGUGUUGGAGUAGCAUCAGAGACUUGACUGGCGAUGGAGGAAUCAUGAAAAAGACAAUACGAGAAGGAGAAGGAUGGGCUACUCCAAAAGAGCUUGAUGAAGUGCUAGUGAAAUAUGAAGCAAGGCUUGAGAAUGGGAUGCUUCUCAAGUCUGAUAAAGGUGUGGAGUUUAAUGUAAGUGAUGGCUAUCUUUGUCCAGCCAUGAGCAUUGCAGUAAAGACAAUGAGAAAAGGCGAGGUGGCAGAGCUUAGUAUGAAAUUCUUUUAUGGCCUUAUUAGUCAAAAUUCAAAUAGAACCAUUGAGCUUGAUGAUUUAUCGGAUUCUAAUUUAAUUAACAUCAAACUUGAGCUGGUAUCAUGGAAAAUUGUUACUGAUAUCACAGGAGAUAAGAAAAUACUGAAAAAGAUUAAUAAGGCCGGCGAGGGGUUUGAUCGUCCUAAUGAAGGAUCGCAUGUGAAAGUGAUAUAUUUCUGUAAAGGAGAAGAUGGUACAAUUAUUGAGAGGAAAGGGUCAAAGGAAGAACCUUUUGAGUUCACAACUCAAGAAGAACAAGUGCAUGAGGGUCUAGAAAGAGCAAUAAUGACAAUGAAAAAAGCCGAACAAGCUCUGGUGACUAUCAAUGCUGAAUAUUUUUUUGACCAUAAUAAUUUGCAAGGAAACAAGGCCAAUAAUAAAAUCCUUUACUAUGAAGUUGAAUUAGUUGAUUUCACCAAGGAGAAGCCAUUUUGGAAAAUGGAAACUCAAGAGAAACUAGAAGCUUGUGAGCAGAAGAAGCAUGAUGGAAAUCUUCUGUUCAAAGCUCAAAAUUUUAGGCGCGCAUCGAAGAAAUAUGAAAAGGCUGUAAAAUACAUUGAAUUUGAUCACACAUUCAGCGACGGCGAGAAGGGUCAUGCUAAUACCUUGAGAUUAUCCUGUAAUUUGAACAAUGCUGCUUGUAAACUUAAAUUGGAAGAGUACACUGAAGCUACUAGACUAUGCACAAAGGUCCUAGAACAAGAUCCCUUAAAUGUGAAGGCUCUUUACAGAAGAUGCCAAGCAUACCUUAAAACAUCAGACUUGGAGAAAGCUGAAGCUGACAUUAAAAGAGCUUUGAUUAUUGAUCCAAAUAACAGAGAAAUUAAACUUGAGUACAAAGAGCUCAAAAUGAAGCAAAAGGAAUACAAUAAAUAUGAAGCUGACAUCUUUAGCACAAUGGUUUCAAGGAUGAAUUAGUGACCAUUUCUCUAUGAAGUAGAAAUAUGUCUGAGUGUAUUAUCAUCCAUUCUUUUUAAUUUUUGUGUAUAGUCGAAAUGUUACUGAUGCAGAAAGCCAGAAACAUAAAAUCAACCUCAAAAUAGGAUUUCAUACUUGAAUAAAGAAGAGUCGAUUAAGCAGGGGUUGUUUUUUCAUUCAA